AUGUCUUUCGGAUUUGGAGGAGGAGCGUUCGGCACGAACAACAACCAAGGCAGCGCCUUUGGCACAGGUUCUGGCUUCGGAACCAACACUAGCACUGGAGGAGGCUUUGGCUCGACAGCAUCCCCGUUCGGAGGUGGCGCCACUGGCACAUCAGGCGCUUUUGGCGGUGGCGCCUCCAACACAUCUACUGGCUUCGGAUCUAGCACUGGCGGAGGAUUCGGUACUAAUACGCAAACUCAACCUAAUACUCUCUUUGGCAGCCAAGCUCGCCCCGGUGGAUUUGGCACCACCAACACCUCUAACAGCGGGUCUCUCUUCGGUGGUACCCAGACAGCUGGUAAUACCGGCGGUUUCGGCGCUGGAGGAUUCGGCUCAUCUGGCACUCCAGGUGCCUUCGGUUCCAAUACCAACACAGCAAACACAGGCGGAAGCAUGUUCGGUGCCGCCAAGCCCUCCGGCUUUGGCACAUCAACUUCGGGAACUGGCGGGUUCGGCGCAAGUGGUGGCUUCGGAACUCCUGCCGCCACUUCCACAACCCCCAGCACGGGCUUUGGUGGCUCAGGCACUGCCUUCCAAGGUGCUCUGCCUAACUGUGAAGGCACUGGCAGCACUCCAUUCAAUCCUUGGACCGAGAAGGAUGCCAGCUCAGCUGGUACCACAAAUCACUACCAAAGCAUUAGCUUGAUGCAACCCUACAAUAAGUGGUCCUUUGAGGAACUGCGCCUCGCAGAUUAUUCACAAGGUCGUCGGUUCGGCAAUGGUAGCAACCAAGCCGGUGGUUUCGGUGCUCCUGCUUUCGGUAACACUGCCACUGGUGGAUUUGGUCAACAAAAUACGUCUACUGGCGGCUUUGGAGGCAAUGCUACUCCAUUUGGAGCUGCUGCUGCAACAAGUGCUCCAUCCGCCUUUGGCUCAACUCAGACCACAGGUGGAUUCGGCUCCACUGGUACCAACACAAUGUUUGGUGGAGCAGCUAAACCCGCGAAUACGAUGUUCGGUGGUGGAACUACCCCAGCUGCUCCGGCUGGAAACCUUUUCGGCGGAGGUACACAGACCACUGGUGCAUUCGGAAGCAACACUGGCACUGGAACUACAGGGGGUUUCGGUAAUACUGGCGGGUCCUUGUUCGGUGCCAACAACCAGCAACAGCAGAACAAACCUGCGUUUGGUGCCGGCACAACUACGGCGUUCGGUAAUUUCGGUAACACCCAAACAACCAGUGCCGCGAAUCCUUUCGGGGCUUCAACUGCCACCGCCUCGCCUUUCGGUGGAGCAACUCAGCAGCCAGCAACGACUGGUUUCGGCGGUUUCGGAGGUGCAACCCAACAGAACCAAGCCCAGACCCAAACCAAGUCACUAUUUGGCGGUGGAGGAUUUGGCGCAGGUACCCAGCAACAAGGAACCGGUACAGGUUUGCUCGGCGGUACCGCGGGCACCACUCCAGCUGCCGGAUCUUCUCUCUUCGGUGGAGGCCAGCAGCAGACCCAGCAGCCGGCAGGUAGCUCGCUCUUUGGUCAAAAUCAGCAGGCUACUACUGGCACUGGCCUAUUUGGUGGUUCAACUCAGCAGCAAAAGCCGGGCGGUCUCUUCAACACCACCCCAGCUGCCACUGGAGGUGCAUUUUCUGGCUUCGGCGGCUCGACAACUCAGCCAGCUGCUGGUGGUAGCAGCCUUUUCAACACGCAGAAUCAGCAACAACAGAAGCCUGGUGGUCUCUUUGCCUCGACUACCGGAACCGGAGGAGGCCUCUUCGGCGGUGGUCAAUCCACCACUGGCCAAGGCGCCGGAUCUUCGAUCUUCGGUGGUCAAACCCAGCAACAGCAGGCCGGUGGCCUCGGUGGCAGUGCUUUCGGUGCCUCACAGCCCGGACAACAAUCCCAGCCUGUCCCUGGUAGCUUCCAAGCAUCGCUGCUCGACGGAAACCCUUACGGAAGCCAGUCCAUCUUUUCUGGUCUUCCCGCCCCUGGUGGCUCGACUCCUGGCCCCCUUGCCACGCCACUGUCUUCUACCAUGAAACAAAAGCAGCGCACUCCCUUGCCCGUUUACAAAAUCACCCCGAAUGCUGCCAAUCGUCUCAUUACCCCUCCAAAGCGUGGAUACGGUUUCUCUUACUCUACCUAUGGCUCGCCCUCUAGCACCACGGGUACCCCGUCUGGUCUUGGUAGUAGUUUGUUGGGUGCUGGAGGCAGUAACAGCCUCCGCGGCAGCGUUAGCGGCAGCAUGGGUCGCAGCUUCAGCAAGAGCUACUCCACUAGCAACCUUCGCAAGACCUUUGAUCCAGAGGCAGACAGCAUCCUUUCUCCCGGUGCCCUGCAGGCCGGCAGCAUACGUGGUACCAGCAACCUCAAGCGUCUUACCAUCAACCGUGAUGUGAGAAAUGAGAUUUUCUCCACUUCCGCUCGUACUUCGCCGGCUCCUCUUCUCACCAACGGAGAUGAAUCCAGUCAAUCUGCUGACAAGCUGAAGAAAAAGGUCAGCUUCGACUCUACCUCUUCCGGUCUCAAUGGCGGGGAUCUAGUUCGUGUUGAAACUGAUACCCCCGAGCCAUCUGCUGAGGAGCUUGGGUUCCUUCGUUCUGUUCGUAAGAGUGGUAGCCUCAAUGGUUUCGAUGCUUCCAAGGCUUCCGAUCGUCCUGAGAUGGAGUCUGUCGGCCGUGACCUCACUGUCGUCCCCGAAAACGCACCCGCACCCACCAACGGUGCUACCGUCAAGCGCCUCACGUUCAUUCCUGGUGGGGACCCAAGACCUGGUGAGUACUGGAUGCAGCCUAGCCGUGCCGAGCUUGGCAAGUUGAGCCGUGACCAGCUCAAGCAAGUCGUCGACUUCACUGUUGGACGUCAGAACUGUGGUUCAGUCACCUUCAACGGCUCGGUCGACUUGACCACCGUUGACUUGGACAACCUCUACACCUCCAUUGUCGAUAUUGGUCUUCGCAAGAUUACCGUCUACCCCGAGGAAUCGAUCAAGCCUGCCAGAGGCAAGGGUUUGAACGUGCCAUCUACUCUGCGGAUCGAGAACUCAUGGCCGCGUGGUAGGGAUAAGAAGAGCAACUCACCUGUCACCAGCGGUCCUCUGUUUGACAAGCACAUUGAUCGUCUACAGAAGGUCGGCGACACCGAGUUCAUCAACUACGAGACUGAAACUGGAACCUGGGUAUUCAAGGUGCCCCACUUCACUACCUAUGGCCUCGAUUACGAUGAAGAGGAAGGUGAGAGUCUUGACCAGAGCAUGAUGAGUACCCAGGGCCCUGACCACCCUACUCCCAAGGCUCGCUUCGAUGAAUCGACGAAUUUUGACCAGUCUACCACCUUUUCCAUCGACGAGUCUUUCGUCGGCUCGAUGGUCGGCGUCGAGGACGAUACCUUUGACUUCAAGAAGCGCAAGCUUGUUCCUGGUUCUUUUGCCGGUCAGACCAUGCCUGCGGAAAGGGAUGAUUUUUCUGAUGGUGAGACCGAGUCUUUUUUAGAGGAAGGCUCCACGGGUUCAACUACUGAGAAUGACGACGACAUCGUCACCGAGAGCCACCAAUCUGGCGAUUCGGUAGUUGGAUCAGAUGAGGCAGAUGAAAUGGAUAUGGCGGGUGCCUUUCCCAUUCCUCAUCGCACCGUGGAGCAGGACGAUUACCAGAGCACCAUUGGUGACCUGGACGACACUCACCCUUACUCAAAACACUUUGGCAGUCCCACAAAGCCUCAACUUGAUCUGAGUGGCGACUGGGCCGAGCAGCUGCAGCGCACCAUCAGCCCUCGCAAGCAGAAUCGCGAUGCUCUGCGUGAAAUGCAAGCAAAUGCUUUCAUUGAUCGCAACCUUGUGAACGACGAAUCCCCCUCAAACAUCGCGACAGCUCCUCCCAAAAAAGGGUUCUCGAACAGUAUUGAUCUUAUGAACUCUUUGUUCCAGCAGCCACGCAAGCAAACUGCUCCUUCUCCGCUGAAGGCUUCCAAGGCACCGCCAAAGGGCUUUGAGUGGCCUUACAACAAACAACCCAAAACUUUUGCUGGCGACGCAACACAAAUGACCGAAUCCGACGCUGCCUUCCAUGGCUCUUUCAAGCCACGCUGGGGCCCCAUGGAUUCCCUUGUAUGCGCAAAAACCGAUAUGAAGGACAUCAUCUUGGGGGUGAGCCACGCUUGGAAAGAAAGCUUUUCUCUCUCCAGCGAGGAGCGUGAUGUUGCAGUGAUGACUUACAACAAAUCUGCCGAGGUGAAGGAGAUGCUGGAUGUUCAACGACUUCAGUCUUCUAUCCAACGUGUCGACGGAGCUCCUUUUGUUCGUCUGGCCAAGGUCGACUUGUCACAAUUCCCUCUGUCCCCCUCUAGCCGUUCCCAGUCGGAUGAAGAGCGCUUGGUGUGGCAGCUUCUCAACAUCCUCUUCAAUGACGAUAUCCAGGACGACAUCUCAGCGGGUGUACCAUCCCAACUCCGACAGCAGUUCGCGCACCGGAUCAAGAAGGACCGACUCACACGUCUUUGGGAAAGCAUUAUCCGUGAGAAGCAUGCCCAAGACGUGGAUGUAAUUCGCUGCCCCGUGGAACGUGCCGUUCAUCUGAUUUGUUCGCACCGAGUGGAGGAAGCCUGUAAGACAUUGGUCGACAGUCAGAAUCCCCACCUGGCGACUGUGGUUGCACAAAUUGGUCGCGAUGCUACCUCGCGAGCCGACAUUGCGAACCAGAUUGAUGUGUGGCGUCAAAACAAUGUGCUCUCGGAGAUGACUGAGCCCGUGCGAGCCCUUUACGAGCUGGUCGCAGGAAACGCUCUACGCAGUGAGGGCAAGUCAACCGGUGCGCUUGAAGACCGGGCUUCCACCUUUGGCUUCACCGAGCGAUUCGAUCUUGAUUGGUUCCAGGCCUUUGGUCUUCGUCUGUGGUAUUGCACUUCUGAGGAUGAGCCAAUCGAGGUGGCUGUCGCUAAGUUCCUUGCCGAUUUGGCCACUGGACAAGAGCCUGCGUUCCCCCACCCGUCCCACCAGGACAGUACUCGCGCAGUCUUGCAACCUGGCUCCGAUACCCUUGGACGCGAAUCUCCUCUCUGGGUCCUACUCAAGGCCUUCUCAGUGACCGCAGGCCAAGGCGUCCAAUCCAUGGAAUUCCCGGCAUCUCUCCUCCCCGAAUCCGUCUCUGGUGAUCCUCUCUCCAACCGACUCUCCUUCCAGCUGCACCACGUCCUUGCUGCGACAGUUGGACAAAACCACGCCAUUACAAUCGAUCAAGAUCAAACUGAUCAUCUCGUCUGGGACUUCGCUUCCGAGCUCAGUGCAAGCGGUACACUCGAUCAAGCCCUCUUUGUCCUCCUGCACCUUUCCCAGGCCAACGAUCGCAAGCGCGCCAUCCAAGACACUCUUGCCCGGUUCGCCGCUCAACUCCCCGAGCCUUUCGCUGCCGACGGCACCCCCGACCCGGCAUGGCAAUAUCUCAUCACCGAGCUCCAGCUUCCCGAGGCCUGGAUCUGGGUCGCCAAGGCCCUUUAUGCUCGCGAUAUCGGCGACGCAGCCCGUGAGGUCGACUGUCUCAUCCGCGGCAAGCACUGGAAUGACGCCCACGCCACCUUCUGCCGCAUUGUCGGCCCAAGCACCAUCAUUGAAGGCGACUACCGUACCCUCGAAGCUCUGGUUUCUGGCUUCGGCGACGGACCCGAGCGUAAAAUGCGCGGCUGGGCUUCUGGCGGCGGUGUUUACGAAGAUUUCCUCCGCCUGGUCAACGCCACCACCGGCCGUCGCGACCCAACCCGUCUCAACCGGUUGGUGAGUGCUCUUGUUGCCAUGGGUGAUCGCGUCCAGGGAACCGGAUUGGAAGGAUUGGAGGAGCGUGUUGCAUUCAAGGAGAUGAGCCGAGCUGUUGCCAGUUGGAUUACGAAUGAGGAUGUUCAAACCGUUGAAUCGUCUGCUGUUCUGAGCCUGCCUUUGACUGGUGAUGCUCGCGUUUUGCAGACCGCGGAAAUGAGCCGUCGCUACUACGGCGUCAUCAUGGCGGGUGGUCAUUGA